GAAGCGACAUGAGAGACAAACCCGAAAGCAAUGUGGCAGAACGGAGGAGGUGGAGGCGGAGGAGGGUGAGGAAGAAGAGGAGGGGGGGAGGAGGAGGAGGAGGAGGGGGAGGAGGGGGAGGAGGAGGAGGAGGAGGAGGAGGAGGAGGAGGAGGAGGAGGAGGAGGAGGAGGAGGAGGAGGAGGAGGAGGAGGAGGAGGAGGAGGAUUUUACAACCUCCAAGGACCAGGUUCAUGAGCUAAUACGUCUUCGGGGUU